AUGUCUUUAAACACUAAAAUAAAUGAUAACUGCACUAAAAUAGAACAUGAUAAUAAAGAUAAUGAAAAAAAUAAUGAAAGUGAUACUUCAAAUCAUGAAGAAUUACAUAUUGACGAAGUUUUAAACAAAGAAACUGGUAAUAAAGUUUCAAAUGAAAAAGAAUUCAAUAAGGUUCUUAAUGAAGAAUCUGUUGACGAAGCAUCAAAUAUAGAUAAUGAUGAUAAGGUGUUUAUUGAAGAAGAAACUGGUAAUAGAACUUUAAACGUAAAAGGAACUGAUGGUGAAGUAUUUGAAAAAGAAACUAAUGAUGAGAUAUUCAAAGAAGAAACUGAUGAUGAGAUAUUCGAUGAAUAUGAAAUCUUCAACUAA